UUACAGCGAAAAUCUUUCAUUAUUCUUUUCUACUCAUUUUGCAGAUUUAGAAGGCUUCUCGUGGAUAUCAGUACCAACAGUUUAAUUUAGCUUGAUUUCUAUGUCUGUAUGAGAUACGGUGAAGGCAAGUAACAAAGCUGACUUAAUUGUGUCGCGGAAGUCCUGCCCAGCUGGCAUCAAGAAACGGGGCAAUUAGGUCGCGGACUCCGAUGCAGUCGCAUAGCGAAAUCCUUUAUUAUCUUUGUCUGCAAGCUUUUAUACCCACGCUGACUUAUGCCAGUGAUUUUCCACUGUUCUCUAUACCGCGAAGACACAUGUGCAGAGCAAGCAGUUCACAAUCAUGUUGGGCACAAAUGCUUACCAUCCCUGAUACUUGUUGCUAAGCUGCAGUUACUUUGUCCCGUGUAUUCCGGAGACCUCCUUGGUUCUCAGCCUUGCCUUCUCAUGCUGUUUAUCUCGCUCCGCAGCUUCUGCUCUGAAUAAUCUUUCUCACAUUCCCACAAGUCCCUCUUUUUUGUUUAUUAGCAAACUAUUGGCAUACGAUAAAAUAAUAGCACUAAUCGUAUUAAUAACAUAGUCAUCAUAACUCAGUCAAGGCCUCUUUCAGGGGCCUGCAGCCAGCCCCGCCCGGGCGGGGCAGCGGGUCACAGUGGGGCCCUUUGUGACCCGUCCCUGGCACACCCCGGGGUAGCUGGCACUGACAUAGUGGCCCCGCAGUGUCCGGCAGGACAGCGAGGGGACAGGGCAGGAGUGUGCGGGUCUGGCGAGGAGCCCCCGAGCGCAGCCCACAUCGUUUCCCUCUACCCCCAGCAGCCCCGUGGCUGUUCCCUCCCCAACCUCAGCCCUAAUCCCUCAGAAUGGAGAGGAAACCUCCCAGAUCCCCCAGAGUGGCCUGGGAGAAGAGUGGGGCUCCCCGGGAGAGAAGACCUCCACCGGAGCCCUACCAGGUGACCGAGGUGCAGCCGCUGCAUGCCGAUGCUGACUGGCUGCCUGUGUACCCGGAGGAAAAGGAGGUCAUAGAAACCAUCGAAGCCUACGUCAACAGCACAGAAAAGGAUCUGGUGCAGAAGAUGCAGUUCCUGAACUGCAUCAUCACACUGUGCAGCACUGCCAGAAAUAAGGGCUUGACAGAGGGCCUGGAUGUCUUCUGCUUCAUAAACGAUUUGCCAGAGAACAUUGAGGUCCUUAUGCGUCAGGAGCCCAGGGAGCAGCUGUGCACAGCACUGCGAUACCACACCAUGAACGCUAUUGCUGCCUUGAGCAGUGUGAAGGCAAUUUCGGAGGAUGAAAUAGUACACCUCUUAAACGUGUGCUUCAAAGUCAUCUUCUACCUUCCUCCAAAGAAGGUCUUGAACAUUUGCCUCUACAACCAUACCCUGCAUGCUAUGGACAACAUGCUGAAGGUGUUGCUAGACAGCCAUCCUUCCUCCAGCAUCCGUAACCAGCUGCAGAGUAUCUUGGAGGUGCUGCUGCCCUUCACUGUCUCCCAGAGCAAAAUUGUGCGUGAGAGGGCCAUGGAGCGGAUGUGGAAGCUUUGUGGUUUCAUGGCCAGCAGUUUCAGGCAGCAGCCAAUUGGAAAACUCAUCCACCCUCCUCAGACUACAGACAUCGUCCUCAUGACCCUUGAAAAGACCAUGGGAGACUGCAGCACUGAGGACAAGGAGUAUGCCAGGAUUCUACUGGAUUUGAUUCUGAGAGACCCUCACACCUGGCUGACGGAUCAGCAGGUGCCAGUGAUUGUGGGGUUCAUCCAGAGAAAGCUGAAAAGCAACAGCACGUCAGUUCAGGAGAUCCUCACGUCGGUGCUUCCUGUGCUGGCAAAUGAGUUUCCCAGGGAUGCGUUAACAAGCGUGUUGACCGAACUAACACAGAGUGACAGCACCCCCCUGGACAUCUGGAAGAGAAUGCUUUCCCUGCCAGGGACUUCUGGGAGGAUCUUGGAAGAACUGCACCAUGUUCUCCAGGACCCAGAGCUGUGCGGGAUCACCACAGCGGAGUUGGGUCUCCUUCGCCUGACUGUGCCAGAGAUUCUGGGGUCGAUCCAUAGAAACCUGGAAAGCAACAGCGCAUCACUUCAGCAAACACUCCGCUCUUUGCUGGAUGUGCUGACCAACCGGUUUCCCAGGGAUGCGCUGAGAAGUGUAUUGACCGACCUUUCUCAGUGUGACAGGUACCAGCCCUGACAGCCCUGCACAAUUGUUCCAUGUGAAGAGAGGGCUCAGAGACGCUCUGGCUGCCAGAGCCAAGGAAAGCUGCAGGACAUCCCCGAGGAGCAGGCCUUCCAUCCCACUGUGCUUUCCAGCGCUGGUGGGCCGCUCAGG